AUGGCCGCUGCCUCUUUGCCCUCGACUUGGCAGCUGUAUCUCAAAGACCACCGCCUCUCUACGUACAAGAACUGGCCCUUCUUGGAGGGCUGCGCCUGCACCCCGGAACGGAUGGCCGAGGCUGGCUUCAUCCACCGCCCCACUGAGAACGAGCCGGACCUGGUGCAGUGUUUCUUUUGCUUCAAGGAGCUAGAAGGCUGGGAGCCGGAAGACGACCCCAUAGAGGAGCAUAAAAAGCAUUCAUCUGGUUGUGCUUUCCUUUCCGUCAAGAAGCAAGUUGAACAGUUAACUCUCGGGGAAUUUCUGAAGCUGGACAAAGAGCGAGCCAAGAACAAAAUUAUAAAAGAAACCAACAAUAAGCUGAAGGAGUUUGAGGAAACCGCCAAGAAAGUACGCUCUGCCAUUGAGCAGCUGGCCGCCCUGGAGUGA